CAGCAACAUGGCUGCGCGCAUGUGAAAGUCGUGCUGCACCACAUCGGAAUUACUAUUCGUUGUUUUUAAAGUUACCUUUUAAAAGGAACGAUUAGCGAUUCGGCUAAUAUCAGCGUCUACAGAUAUUUUAUGUAAUUGACACACUGUAAUCUACACGAUUAUGGACACCGACGGACAACUACGGAAUCUUCGUGACUUCCUCUUGGUUUAUAAUCGAAUGACGGAAAUUUGCUUCCAGCGAUGCACGAACAAUUUCAACUACAGAAAUCUCACAAUGGAUGAAAUGCAUUGUGUGGACAAUUGUGCUGGUAAACUAAUCCGUUCCAACCAUCGCCUCAUGGGCACAUAUGUAAAGCUGAUGCCAGCCAUGGUCCAACGGCGAAUGGAAGAGUUGGAGAGCAAAGCUGCAGAAGCAGCAAAGGCAACCGAAGCAGUUGGCCCAACGGAGCCUCUUACUGAAGGUUUAAAUUCAUCAGAUGCCCCAUCCACAGUCGUAACCUCUCCCAUUGCAGCUCCUCCACCAGAUGUGCCGAUACCCACAUUUGCUGCAGAACAGACAGGGACAUCAAAUACCGAUGGCACAAUCUGAUCUGCACCAUCACGGUCUACAAAUGAUGCGUUGCUUUCACCCAUACCAAUCCCAGUCAUCAUUACAAAAAGUGCAAUUAAGGCACCAAGAGUAGUCCCAUCCAAGCAAGCUUCCUUGGAAGUGACUUCUCCGCUUUUAGAAGGACUGAAGGUCUCUACCCUUCCUGCCAAUCCCAGUGUACCAACACAAGAGUCCCUCUCAAGUGCUAUGGCAGGCAUCUCUUGAAGAAAUGUAGAUGAAAAGCAGAUUAAUGUAAUGAACAGCAGCAUAUCAUCACCAACCCCAACACAUCGCUCUACUGGGGGAGAAGGACUACCAUCAUAGAGUUAGUUUAUUAAUAGACAGGGACAAGGUUCGUUACUCAGAGCUGUUAUCUGGAAGCAUGUACUGAGUAGAAUAACAAGUAUGAAAACUACUUGAAGGUGAGAAAUUGUGACUUUUCCUUAAUAUUGUCUUGAGGGACAUGGAUAUUUCCAGUUCCUAAUGAUAGCAGGCACAGAGGCAACAAAAUGUGACAUUGUUUCAUUGCUGGUGUUUUUCUGAUAUUCAGAAUCAUGUUUAUUGGGAAGUAUAUGUGAUUAUCUGACUGAAAAGACCAGCAACUGGAAAAAGUAUUGUAUAAUGGUGUUUAGAUGGGUAGAACAACUUCACAUUUGAACGAAAAAAAAAAAAAAUGCGAUCAUGAAGUCUUUGAGGUACUUUCAACUUCAUAAUAUGAUCUAAUUUCAGGUUGUUGUUGCUUUAUGAAUAACUGGGUUUUGUGAGGUGGGAGUAGCUCAAUAGGUUAAAGCUCUGGUUUAUUGAUUAGAGGGUCAGUUUGAGCCCCAGUACUACCAAGCUGCCACUGUUGGGCCUUGGGCAAGACCCCAGCCCUAUCGGCUCAACCUAUCCUAUUCACAUCUUUCCCCCCCCCCAUACAUUUUUCCUGCCGGUCCCAGGAAUCAAACCGGUGACCCUUUGGGCUCAAGGCUGCUUCUCUAACCUUCAGGCCAAGGCUGCCCAAUUUACUGCAAGGUAAUGUAAUGGAAACUUCUAAUAAACACUUCAGAACGCUUA